CGAACGGGCCAAGAUGUCGGCCCUGAUGGGGCUGGGCGCUUGCGGCGUCUCGGUGCUCUUCUUCGGCUCCAUGUUCGUCCCGAUCAAGAAGUUUGAUGCUGGCGAUGGCCUCUUCGUGCAAUGGGUGAUGUCGGGCGCGAUCGUGUUGGUUGGCUGGAUCUGCUGGGGUCUCCGCUCGUUCCCCGGCUUCUACCCGCUAGCCAUCUUCGGUCUGUUCGGCAUGCAGGCGCACCCACCGGCUUCAUCGAUUCUCAACUAUUUGGGGCUCGCACUGGUGCUCACGGGUGGCUUCCUCUUCUCGCGUGUAAAAGGCAACGCUGAUGAGACGGAAGACGACACGGCUGGCAAACGGAUCACGCUUCAUCUUCAGGAUGAUCAUCAACUGGAAAACGUGGUAGCCCUGACGAACGGCGAGUGCGAGAAGCUGAAUGCAAAGCGAAAGGCAUCUGGCCGUGGCCUUGGCAUCGUCCUUGCUCUAAUCUCCGGCUGCUUCUACGGGCUGACGUUCGUGCCAGUGAUCUACAUGCAAGACAACCUGGACAAGUUCCCGGGGGCUCCUGUUGACGGGCUGAGCUACGUCUUCUCGCACUAUUUUGGAAUCUUCAUCUCUGGCACUGCACUGUUUCUCGGAUACGCGAUUUUCAAGAAAAACAAGCCAAUAAUCAACCCGGAAAUCACGCUGCCCUCUUUGCCGGCGGAC